AAACUCUCUGCAGCGCGCAUAUAUUAUUGGCGGGAAUAUAUAUAUUGACAACAUACCAAGUUUCUGAUUGGAAAUAAGAAAUCAUUGAGAGAAUGAACUGGUGUAUUGGAGAGUUUGUCAUCACUAAUUUGUCUUCUUACAAAUUGGAGCUCACUUUUUAAUUUACAGAAAAUAAAGAUAUAUUUGACAGUUGCGUUAUUCAUAAAGGAAAUCAAAGUUUUGUAAAUAUCUAAAGACGAUAACUACAUCUGGAAUUUUCAUAUCGGCGGAUAAUGGACACAUUAUGGAGGAUAACUCUUCUAACUAUUGUUGUACUAGCUUGUCAAAUAAGUCAAAUAUUUGGACAAAACUAUCGUGGUGAGUCGGAAGACUUUGAUGACUUUGACCUUUCUUCCAAAGACAGUACACAAAAAAGGUUCAGUAAAUUUGUGCGAAUAGGCCGAGGCCUCAGUUCUUUUAUUAGAAUUGGAAGACAAGUUCCGUUUGAAAAAUUUGAUUUGUACCAAUUAGCAAAUAGUCCAUAUGGAAUUGAUGAUGACAAUAGUGAUACAGGAAAAAGUGCCUUUUUUGAAAUGCCGCCUGAAACUUUUGAACAACCUUCAAAACGACUGAGCUCAUUUGUGCGCAUUGGUAGAAAUUAUGACGAUGGAGAUGAGCUGGAUGAUAAUAUCAACAAACGGGGCGGAGCCUUCAUUCGUAUGGGAAAGUUUCCAUCGUCUGCAUUCUUGAGAAACCGUGGUGGAAGUGUAAAUGGUUACACGGCUCAACCUUACUACCGCCGCACCGGAAGAAUAGGUCAUUCUUCAUUUAUCCGUAUCGGUAAAAGGGAUACAUCAGAUGCACUCAGACGCAUGUCCGAAAACGAAAACGUACAAGACACUAACGACAUAACGCAGCAGGUGAAAAGCACAGUUGGUUAUAAUGAUAUUGACAGUCUACUUAAGGAUCAAGAAAGAAGAUAUUUGAAAAUAGGACGCGAGGUUGAAGAAAUUAAUUCUGAAGAAAAACCUGACGACGUAAAUGAUGGAAAACGGUACCUUAAAAUUGGAAGAGAUGUCGUUAAUAAAACCAAUGAAAUCGAAGCUGACGGACAGUCAGUCCAUGAUCCUGAGAACGAAGGAACAGACAGGGUAUUCGACAAGCGACUGAGUAACUUUGUCCGAAUUGGAAAAGGUAGUUCCGACAGGCUAGAUAAACCACCAGAGAAAAGGUUCAGCAAAUUUGUAAGGAUAGGUAAGAAUUACAAUACAGUUCCAAAUAAAAGAAGGAUGAGCUCUUUUGUGAGGAUUGGAAGACAGAACAACCAAUUAGAUAAUUUCCCUAAACGCCGAAUAAGCUCUUUCGUGAGAAUUGGAAAGAAAUCUUCAGACAAAGAUGAUUCUGAUGACCAGCAAGAAACAAAUUUAUAUGCGGAAAAUUGGUCGCCAACUGAAGAUGAUUAUGACACUACUAACAAAAGAAUAAGCUCGUUUGUGAGAAUUGGGAAGAGUCAGGAACAGUUAGACGAUGAUAUCAAUAAAAGGUAUAGUUCUUUUGUUAGGAUUGGUAAAAGUGGAAACAGUCUUGAAAAUGAAUUGGCUAAAAGAUAUAGUUCAUUUGUAAGAAUCGGUCGAAAUUAUCCAAAUCUAAAGAACGAGUUUGAUAAACGGUUGAGUUCAUUUAUAAGGGUUGGAAAGAACAAUGCGGGAACUAACAGUGAGGAUUUCAAUAAAAGAAUAAGCAGUUUUGUGAGAAUUGGGAAAAAUAGCCCAUCCUUGAUUGGUCGUGCUGAUAAAAGAUACAGUUCGUUUGUACGAAUAGGUAAAGGAGCCGACGACUUCGAUCCGACCACACAUAAAAGAUUGAGCUCUUUCAUUCGUGUUGGAAAACGUGCAACAGACACAUCUGCAAACACAGACUAAUUUAAAUGAAUAUGUUAAUAUUCAAUUAAACAUCAAAAACAAAAACGUUUAGAAAUUGUUAAAAUGUUAUUAAUUUAUUCAGAUAAAAAAAACAACAAAAAAACAUUCUCCGAAUUUCCGUUUGAAGUUUUAACAAAUAUUUUGUUUAUAUAACAAUAUGUUUUGCUCGUAAUUUGUAAAGCUUUUGAGUUCUCUAAAACUGUUCACAAAAUUGGUGAUAACGUUGAUAAUGGUAUAUAAUUUUCAUUUCUUAAUUAGCUUAAAUAGUGAUAUUGAAAUGAUUAUGCGAAUUAUCAUGGCAAUAACCAGAAUAACGUGACUGUAAUGAAUUAAGACAAAUAUACUUAUGCAAAUGUUAAAUUAAUUACUUCAAUAUUAAAUAUUCACAUGACAUGUU